AUGCAUCAAAGAAAAAUUCCAACUGUUAUUAUUAUUGGAGCAGGUCCGGGAGGACUUUCUCUUUAUCAUGCUUUAAUUAAGAAUAGAGAUAAAAAAGAAUUUAAUGUAAAAAUUUUUGAACGUGAAACUAGCCCUAAAGAUCGAUGGCAAGGUUAUAAUAUCGGUUUAAACCCUCGUGGGGUUCGAUCUCUUCUAAGCUGUAUUCCACCCUCAGUCGCCUCAAACCUUUCAAAAGCGAUUCCAAAUCCAAUUCCAAAUGUUGAAUUUCAUGGAAUUACAAUCGCCGAUCAUCUGGGAAAUGUUAUGUUCAGACCACCAACUAAACAGGUUAAAGAAGUUUAUGAACUGUCAAAAAUCACUGACGACUUUUGUGCUAUUAUUGGUUAUCGUGAUAGGCUUAGAGAUGUAUUGCUAGAAGGUGUGCCAGUACAAUGGGGUAAAAAAUGCAUCGGAUUUGAAGAAACCGAAAAUGCCGUUUGGGCGAUCUUUGAAGAUGGUUCACGAGAGUCAAGUGACAUUUUAAUUGGUGCAGAUGGAGUUAAUUCUCCGGUUCGAAAGCAAAAGGUACCAGAAUUACAAAUAUUCGAUUAUGGUGUGACUUAUAUUAGUUCGGAUAUACUUGUGAAAAAAAGUCUUGUUGACAGAUUAAUGAAAACUCAUGGAGAUGGUUUAUUUCAAAAAUCUCUUGGAAUUCAUGGGGAUUGGACAUUUAAUGUAUUUCGAUUGAUUCCAAUUGAUCAUGAUCCAAAUUACAAAAACAAGGGUGACUUUAAUGAACCUCAUUACAGAGUAUCAAUUUCUUACGCAUAUCCGACCGAAAUAGAUAUCAAAGAACCAGAAGGAAACAAGGUCGACGAUAAUGAUCCUGCAUCAGUAAUUAAACACGUCAAGCAAUUAAUUCGAAAAUUUAGGCCAGAUUGUGAAAUGACUGAUGUUUUAUUAGAGUUAUGGGAUUUGGUUCCUAAAACUGAUCCAAAUGAUCCAGAAAAAUAUCCGUUUAAAACCUAUAAUCCAGCCAAACGAAGAAAAUUGCGAGAUGUUGACCCGUUGUCCGUUAAUCCUUGGAAAAGUAGCCGAGUAACUUUAUUAGGAGAUGCUGCUCACGCAAUGAGCCCUGUACUUGGAUUAGGAACAAAUAAUGCAAUUGAAGAUGCUUAUGUUCUUUCUCAAGCAUUACUUAAUUAUUCUUCGGAAAAUUAUAUUGCUUGUAUUCAAGAAUAUGAAAAGGAAAUGUUAACUCGCACAUCCGCUGAUGUUUUAAAAUCUAGGUCAAACGCAUUAAGAAUAUCAUCUCCUGUUGGAUAUUUUGGCCUUAUUGUUAGAAAUAGUAUUUUUAAGGCUUUGAAUAUUUUUAUGAAUCUUUAUUAUGCAAAUUAA